AUGGAGGGUGCUCUAGUGAGCGCGGCGGCGGGAGCACUGAAGCCAGUGCUCGGAAAGCUGGCCACUCUGCUCGGUGACGAGUACAAACGUUUCCGGCGGGUGCGGAAGGAGAUUGGAUUCAUCACUCAAGAGCUCGUCGCCAUGGAAGCUUUUCUCCUAAAGAAGUCAAUGGAAGAGGAGGAUCCUGAUAUACAAGACAAGGUCUGGAUGAAUGAGGUGCGGGAACUGUCCUAUGACAUCGAGGACAGCCUCGACGACUUCAUGAAGAUCAAGAAUCUGUUGGACAAGACCAAGGAUCGUCGCCAGAUUGCCGAUGCGAUUGAAGAUUUGAAGAAGCAAGUUUAUGAGGCAUCUGAGAGGCGUAAGAGGUACACGGCUGGUGAGGUCAUCUCCAAGGUUAACAAUGUUACCGUUGACCCUAGAGCUCUUGCUAUAUUUGAGAAUGCAUCAAAUCUUGUUGGUAUUGAUGGCCCAAAGAAGGAGAUUAUCAAAUUAUUUACUCAAGAGACCAAAUGUGAAUCAAGGCAACAACAAAUCAAGAUGAUCUCUAUUGUUGGAUUUGGAGGACUAGGAAAGACUACUCUUGCAUUCCAAGUAUAUCAGGAGCUAAAAGAGAAAUUUGAUUGUCAUGCCUUUGUGUCUGUGUCACGAAAUCCUGACAUGAAGACAGUAUUGAUUUCUAUUCUCAGUCAGGUGACUGAUGAAGAUUAUUCAAAGAUUGAAGACAUACCACAACUCAUCACUCGGAUCUCGAAUUUCUUAGCAGAAAAAAGAUAUAUUAUUGUAGUUGAUGAUAUAUGGAAUGUGGAAAUAUGGGAUGUUAUUAAGUUUGCAUUCCCUCGGAGUGGUUAUGACUGCAGAAUAAUUACCACUACCCGUCUGAAUAAUGUUGCACAAUCAUGUCAUUCAUCAUUCAGUGGUCAUAUAUAUAACAUGGAUCCUCUUAGUAUGUUACACUCAAGGAAAUUAUUUCACACGAGACUAUUCAACUCAGAGGAAUGCCCAUCACACCUUGAAGAAGUUUCUAGUCAAAUAUUGGAUAAGUGUGCCGGUUUACCAUUGGCAAUAAUUGCUAUAUCUGGCCUGUUAGCUAACAAGGCAAAAACAAAGGACCAGUGGCACCAAGUCCGAAGUUCAUUUGGCCAUGGACUGGAAAGAAAUUUUAGCAUUGAAGCCAUGAUGAAAAUAAUAUCACUCAGCUACAUUGAUCUUCCUCAUCAUCUCAAAACUUGUCUACUAUACCUUAGUAUAUUUCCUGAAGACCAUGUUAUUGGGAAGGAGAUGUUGAUUAGGAGAUGGAUUCCUGAGGGAUUCAUUCAUAAAAAAUAUGGAUAUACCCUUUAUGAAGCUGGAGAAAUGUGUUUUAGUGAGCUAAUGAAUAGGAGUCUGAUACAACCUGAUUUUAAGGAGCAAGUAUUUGAUGAGGUGACAUGUUGCCGAGUUCAUGACAUGGUUCUUGAUUUCAUUGUGUCCAAGUCUACUGAAGAAAACUUUGUUACCAUAAUUGGUGUACCUGGUAUAAAUCCUGACCCACAAAACAAGGUUCGUAGAUUGUCUCUACAAAAUAAUGGUGAAAUACCAGCGGGUCUAAUUUUAUCUGAUGUCCGUUCACUAAGUAUUUUUGGCUGCGAUGUGAAAAUCUCAUCUCUAUCAGAGUUUAAACACUUGCGUGUUUUAUGCUUUGAAGACUGCUGGCAAAUAAAGGAUCAUCAUCUGGCAGGUAUAGGCAAAUUGAUCCACCUGAAGUGCUUGAGUCUCAGUCAUGUAGGAAUUACGAAGGUUCCAGAAGAAAUAGCAAUACUACGGUACUUAGAGACACUUGACAUUGAUCUCAGAAUAAAAGAAGAUGUGGAGAUCCUGAGAAGCCUUCCCAGUCUGCGCUUUAUAUGGGUUCGUUACCACGGUGCACCCGCAGACCAGCUUAAGGCUGCCAUGGAGAUUAUGAUUGCGGCCCAUCCCAACCACCCCAAGUUGGAACGCACGCAAUACACCCAAGUCGUCCCCUCCCCAAAACCUAGCCGCCUCCCUCUGCUCCUCCAGUACAUCUUUCGGCUGUUUGGGUUGCAUCCAUCGCUGGUGACUAUUGGCGGCCGGAUUGCAGCAUGGUCCUUGUACGACCCCCAUCUGCUGCGGCAGCGUGUGAUAAUCCUCCUCGGGGCAGGGACACAUGCGGCCGGGGGAAGCCUCUCGCGAGUCGGGAUGGAUGUGGAUGUAUACAAAUCUGCGAAGGUGACAUCAUGCAAUGGUGACCCAUGGAGAUUAAGUGGUUCCGCAGGUUGUAAUCUGUUUUGUUGCUGCAGUGCUAUCAUGUCUGCUAUGUCUGAUGCAAUCAAGGACGUCCCAGACAUGCAUGAAGCACAAGUCCCAUACAAGGGUCUACAUCAGCAAGACUUCUAUAUUGGGAUAUCAACUCCGAACAUGCUGGGAUUUUUUUAG